CCUAAUCAACUGAAUUAUGAUAAUUUUGUUUUUGCUGGGAUGCAAUUUAAAUAUACUCUUUUUGUAAGGGUAUCUGAUGGAGGCACCCCAGAAUUAUCAACUAUGAUUACAAUUAUUGUACGGGUGACUCGUGUAAAUGAAUUAAAUCCAAUUGGUAACAUGCCAGCUUUUACCUUCAGUGUACCUGAAAACAGCAGGAUGGACACUCUAAUUGGGAAAGUUGUAUUUACAGAUGCAGACUGGCCAUUUAAUAAUAUAAAAUAUGCAAUUGAUGGAAGCAAUCUUGGGACACCUUCCAAAUUUUACAUCGAACCAAACACAGGAAUGAUAAAGCUGUUGGAUUCAUUAGACAGGGAGGUUCAAGCCCAGUACAAGUUAGUAGUAAGAGUAACAGACAUGGACAAUGACAUUCAACCUGAUCCACUCAGACAAAAAAGUAGUUCUGUUCUUGUGACCAUCAAUGUUCUGAAUAUAAAUGAUGAACCUCCUAUCUGCAAUCCACCAUAUUUGGAAAAGAUUAUUUAUGCUGCAACUAAAAUACCCUUCCUUCAGCUGAAUUGUUCUGACAAAGAUUCUUCUCAUAAAGAGCUCAGCUAUUCAAUUAUAAGAGGAAAUAUAAAUAACUGGUUCAUACUAGAGAGACCGGGUGUUGAUCCUCCUUAUUUGGCCAUCACUAAGAAUUUCCAAUAUGAUGUGUUUCGAGAGAUUCAAGAUCCCACUACUUUCCAGCUACUUAUUGAGGUUACUGAUGAAUUAGGUGGGAAUAAAGCUAGUCAGCUGUCCACCACAACAACUGUAAUAAUUCAUAUGUGGCCCUGGACCACUACUCAACCAACUAUAGCCACAAAAACAACAAUUACAACAACAAUGACUACAUCUAUAUUAAUGAGAAUUUCAUAUUACUGGACCCCUGAUAAUUGGAUUUCCGCAGUGAUAACUAUAACAAGUGUCCUUUUUUUGAUGUGUGUCUAUGCUGUGGCAUGGUGUCUCUUCAAAGAUGCUUCAGGAUGUUCAAGAUUCUUCCCCAAUUGUUACCAGCAUCAAAUGAGACAGCCAAGUGUUAGUACUAAGGAAAUCAUCGAGAUGCCCAGGAAUGCGGACUCAUUUAACAGUCAACAAAAGUCAAAUGCAAAGCCAACAUUACUUCCUGGAAAUGAAAAUAUAGCAACAGUUUAUGAUGGACGUGCAAUUGAUCCUGGUGUCUUUUCUCUGAAUUUCAAUGCUCAGAUUUUUGAAACUAUUAUCGUCACCUAA